CACAACUGCGUCUUCCUAUCGCGAACCAUGGAAGCCAUCAUCCACUCUGGAAGAAGAAAACGUGCGACGACGACGACGAUAAGACCCAAAACUAUCGCAGCCCUUGGCCCACGUCAGUGUGCUGCUGAGGUGUAUUCCAUGGCGUUUGUAGCUGAAGUUGCCUUGCAUAUUCCCGUACAUGUCUCGUAUUCCAAUCUGUGUCCGCCCCCGCUCGCUCGCUCGCUCUUCGGAGACAAGUCAUCGGUUUUUUUCCAUUACAUGUUUCCCUCUGGCCAAUCAAUCCCCAUCUCCCUCCCCGACUUCGCUCUCAUGAUCCAUCUAAUGCAAAGUACCUACCUUAGCUUUUCCAUUCUUUCCACGCAGACGUUGGAUUCCACACGACGUUACAUGGCGCGACAAUGCUCUCCCUCCCGUCUCUGCUUGAGACACACCGGCUGUUGUCUUCUUCUUUUUGUCUGUUUUGCUUGUUCGUUCCUGCUUGCACCUCAAUCGCCUCCACCAGACUGCAAUCAUACAAGUACCAAUGUCAUAUGGAUGUAUUGCUAUCGUUACUUAUUCCCGGCAUCUUGGCUAUUGAUCGCGAUAGACCCAGGCCUGACUAGUCCAUAUUGGCAUGCCAGCUUGAUGCUUACAUAACUCCCCGGGCCAAUCAGCUCGCGCCUUUGUUUCGGCCUCUCGUGAUUCCGAACACCACCACCUACUCAUGAUGCUCACACACUGCCUGCGUAACCUUAUUCAUUGGCCAUCCAUCUCCAUACGAGCGCCUCGCGAACUGACUAGAUAAUCAGUCAUCCUGCGAUCAAGCUGCACAAAAGUCAUGACUCCUUUUUAGCGCAACCGUCUACCUCACUCUGCUGCCUGCCUGCCUGCCACAGCACCUCCGAGGGCACACCAUGCAACGCGUCUCUGAGUGGGCGCGGGUCAAUCUGCCGAGCUCGAUUUGCUUCUCUAUCACAGUACAUUGCUUUACGUCAAUUCUCGUUUCCACCAGCUUGGAUAUGUCAACCCCAAGCAUCGGAUUGCUGGAUCCCCGCACCAACCCAAUGCCACAAAUUCCUCUUCACAGUGGACACCUCCAGCACUCCGGCUCGUGUCGUCUGCAACCUUCCACUACUCUCACUUCACUACCAAUGGUGCUCGGCGUGGAACGUUCUUUUCCUCGUUGGUGACAUAUCCCAACCAUCGGCCCUUGCGCAAUCCCAUGACAGCCAACUUGAACCAACCUUAGCUCCGGCUGCAGGCGCCCGUACCAUCAGAAUUCUAGGCUUGGCAACGGUCUGGAUUUGCGCCCAUUUUCCCACUUCAACCAGCAUGACACGGAUAAAUGCUUACGGCCCA